AUGGUGCCAGCUCAGAGCCCCCGGAGGAAUCCAGAAAAGGAGGAUGGGGGCAGAGAACAGGAGCAACGAUAUUCCAGGGCCCUUCAGGCUCUCUGUCAUCUCAUCUGCCUUUCACUCCUGCAUAAAGAUGCUCCAAGAACCUGCCCCCAGUACAGUUUACCCGCCCCAGGCACCGCUUCUCCACCUAGAAUCUACUCUGUCUUACAUGCCCACAGAAGAGGUAAGCACCCUCUAGAACCAGAAAGACCAAGGGGGUCCCUUUGUGUGUAUUUCCAUCUUGGCUGGCUGAUGUCUGGGCAUCACAGGCCAGACAGUGGAGUUGGGAAGUUCAGGGAGACCCCAGGUGGAGGCUCCUGUGUGCUGGAAGGACUGGGUCUGCUCCUCUGCCCCCCAGGCAUCCCUUUCUCUCCCUGUAAUCUGCUCUUCUCUGUGGAGAGGUUAGCAGAUGUGGGUAGUGUGUUGCCCAGGGCAGGAGACCCUUUGGGGAAUGAGCAGAAUGGGGAGAGCUCCCAGCCAGAGGCAACUCUGCCUGGAUGGCUGGGUGGGCAGCCCGAUCCUCUCCUGGACUGA